CGACCGUCAGAAACCGUCACGUUUAGUGUCCCGCCGGUUUCCACGCGGGCGCCGGGGAAUGCGAUAUGCCCAGUCGUCGAUCCGAAUGAAAUGUGUUCGUCCAUAACGGCGACGUUCAGUGUUGUCGAAGACAAGUCGAAGAUAUGGUGACAAUGCCGGGUGGUCCUGUGUUGUUCGUUAUGAGAUGGAUACCGGCCGCAAAAUGAUCAGGAAAUCAGGCUGACUUGGCCUGCAGGCACAGCCAACAUGUGUUCACUCCAGCCUGAUCGUGCCAACCUGCAGCAUCACAAUCUUCCACCCCGCCAGUUUCGCUAGACCACCGCAAAUCAUCACCAUGGCCACCCGUCCUAGCCGCCGCGACGAGUUCGAUCUCGCUGUGACGGUCAUCCAGUACGAUUAUGGCCGGCAGUACACGGGCAGAUUCAUCCGGAGAGAUACUGUGAACGAUAAUCUCGGGCGAUCCAACAAAGACAUUCGUUCUCUGCUGGCGACGUUUCAGACACACCUUGGGCGUGAACGCCUUCAGCGCGGUGCUUCACAGUUCCUCAGUCAGAUUCAAGAGAAUGCUGCAAAGAGACGAUGGAGGGCAAGAUACAACUGUCCUGGUGCGUUCGAAGACAAACUUUUCAAGGCGGAUUACCAGCACAAGCAUCGAGACCAGGCCAACUGCGGAUGUAUCGAGCACGCAUGUGAGGCGGCUCGGGCUGCAUCGUGCGACCAACUCCGCUGCGACACAACGCAGCUAGUACCCCGAGAGCGUCUCGAAGAGGUCCAAGAAGCGGACAGCAACGGUACGAACGGCGAAGGCCAGUUUGAGAUUCAUGUCGGCUGCGUUGGAUCAGGCGACAUGGUGAUGAAGUCCGGUGAAGAACGCGACAGGAUCGCCCGGGAGCAUGGCAUUAUCGCAUUCGAGAUGGAGGGAGCCGGCGUGUGGGAUGAGGUGGCAUGCAUUGUCGUCAAGGGCGUCUGUGACUGCGCGGAUAGCCACAAGAACAAGGCGUGGCAGUUAUAUGCAGCUGCAACUGCAGCAUCUGUGAUGAAGGCUCUUCUGGCGCGAUACAUACCAACGGACAAGUCAGCAUGCGAUCGCAACGGCACAGGCGCAUUGACCACACCGGCCAGCGGCCUGGCCCCUGUCUUCAACGGGGCUAUCACGGGAACAUAUGUGGUAGCGGGGCAACACACGAGCGGGGGAACGACAAACAUGAGUUUCGGUAAUUAAUCGUUUGUUUCCUACGAUUAGCUGGAGAUUGGAAUUUUUACUACGCAUCCCCAUACCGCUGCCCCAAGAACAAUUCGUAGCCUGUAAGAAAAGCC